AAAAUUAUUAUUAGAAAUUUAAAAAUUAAAAAAAAAUAUUUAUAAAUUUCGUAAAUAAAAAAAUUGAGCGAUAACCAAAUCCAAAUAUUACGAGAAAUCCUAAAAAUAAUCUCAAAAUUUUCAACCAAAUAAUAACAAUAAAUGUGCACACCAUGUUGUCAGCCCAAAGUCAGGCGCGAGUGCGUCCGCUCCUACUCCGACGGUUACAAUAGGAGGCGACACGAAGAUCCAAAUUACGUGGACGAGGACGCAUGGGCCUUCAUACACAGCUUCAGCAAUGAAACAGAAAAGAACUAUCUCCUCGCGCGGCACCUGAGAGCGGCUACCGGCGAAACGUGGAAGACACUACGUUGGCUGCUGCAAGCCGAUGUAGAUGCGGCACUGGACAAGCGGAACGACAAACGGCACCCGACGAAGGGGUACACCACACAGCCGUCCUUCGAUAAGAGUGGUCUUUUGACCGUGCCACUCACCGAUUACUUUGGGCCGGAGGAAAUUGAAAAGAUUAUCGGCGCAAAAGGUAUUGAUGUCCAAGAUAGUGUAAGCGUGCGGAUGCAUGAAGCGAAGUUUGGACACGUGGCAGCCGAACUGGAGAAGCAGCAAAAGAAGUAUGCAAAGGUCUACACCGAUAAUGCAUUGCGUCGCAUGACCACUAACAUGAAGCUGAAAGAUGGUCGUUAUGGUUGGUGGGAUAGAAGAGAGCAACGAAGAUCCACAAUUGAGUUGGUCAAACGUAAUAUAGGAACUACGGGCUUUAGACGUCUGGAUGCGGAUCUCGAAAGACCUGCCGCUGAGCGUAGAAUAGGACAACAACCCACCACAAUUGGGCACUUUACGAAGUUUCAACGCAAUGCUGAGAAAAAUCAAAUGAAAGGUCUCAUACAAGCCAUCAACGAGUUCUAUGCAGAUGUAGCUGAACUCAAACCCAUCGAGGUUGCUGAUGAACAGCUGGAGCUAACGCCACUGGCUGAGGAGUUGUUGGAGACUCUCGCCAGACAACCAGCUGCUGCAACCAGCCAGGAAGCCAAACUGCGCUUGUCUAACAUUAUACACAUGCUGAAGCGAAUGCCGGGCUAUGAGACCUUCGAACGCGUUCUCUUCCACGAACCAUUCGACCGUGAUAAGCCGUGGACUUGGAUGCGUACUUUCCCACGAAAAAUUCCACAAACAUAUCUGAAGCGCAUAUCCGAAAGUGUUUUACUCGAGCUGAAGCGGUGGCAGCGUGAGCAGAAACUUAUGCGUUUGGCGGCGGCACGCAAUCGUCGACCGGCUGUAGUCAGGACGCCACGACAUCACAAGCCACACGUCCGCGCGAAGGAAGAUAAGUCUAAGUUCGAGGUUUUCGGUGAAUGGGUUUAAGUCAAGGCGUGAGUGUAAGGGGAGGCUGGCUCGUUAGAAAAAUUAACAAAAUUUCAUAGGUAUGAUGUUUGACCGAGCAUCGCGACAAAGGCAAUCUCGCCCGUUCAUGUAAAUACGGUAAGGCUGUUUCGUGUUCGACGCCGCUCUCACACAUAUCAAAAAACCUCUGUGCAUAUUUAAGCUCUUCCAGCACGAGCUUAACGCAUGUCACUGGCCUUUUUUCGAUUUCAACUUUUAGAAAAUUUCAUUGCUUUACAACUUUUUGGGACAAAUAAAUAAACGAAAACGUUUUCGGAGACUUUUUU